UGGACCGGAUGUGACGUAACGCGCCAUCAUCGUGGAGCCGGAAGUGUGUGUGUGUGUGAUUCAAGGGGAGAAUGACGUGACAGUUUAUAAAAGAAAAGUGCCUUUUUGGUUCGCUGCUCAAUUUCAAACCCUAAGUUACAUUAUUAUUGAUACUUUUGUGUAUUGUACACUCAACUAGCAGUGCGUUAUCUUUGUUUAUAUUCACCAUCUGUAACGUAGUAGUUUCCAUUUAAGACUGCUGAGCCGUUUGUUCGUGUUUCUGUCCUGUAAAACAAAUAGUAAAUUAUUAAAUAACGUUAGUUUUGUUUGUAAUGUUCGAAAUUAAAUGUUACCGAAAUAUAAAGACUACAAAAAGAAUACCAUGGUAACAGCAGGAUGCCGUAAAGCAAGUUGACAAGAAGUGACGUGUUCUUUGCCGCAUGUACCCUCUUCGAGUAGAUUGUGCGCAUGCGUGGACCGGUUGCGUACUGACAGGAGCCACGACACUGAAGAGAAAGAGUUGAUUGAGAUUGGUAGUGAAAUCCUGGAUAAAAGAGCGACAAACCUCGGGAAGAGGCGAGGAUUAACUGCGUGCAUCGGAGGAAACGACGAGUCUGUGUGUUAACUAUUUUUGGGAGAAUCAAGAUGGGUGAAGUGUCGGUGGACUCCAGCACACUUUGUCUAUUUGACGUUGACGGCACUCUGACGGCUGCAAGACAGCCUAUAACUCCUGGGAUGUCCACGUUCAUUGAUAAGUUGAAGACUCGGGUUCGUGUCGGGGUGGUCGGAGGGUCCGACCUCUGUAAAAUCAAAGAGCAACUUGGAGAUGACGUCAUCCAGAAGGUGGACUAUGUGUUUGCAGAGAAUGGUCUCGUGGCCUACAAGGAGGGACAGUUACUUUCUGUUCAGUCCAUCCAGGCCCACAUGGGAGAAGACGUACUACAAGAAUUGAUCAACUUCUGUCUCAACUACAUGGCCAAGAUUAAACUGCCCAAAAAGAGGGGCACAUUCGUUGAAUUUCGCAAUGGCAUGUUGAACAUUUCCCCAAUUGGACGCAGUUGCACGCAGGAGGAAAGGAAUGAGUUCUAUGAGCUGGACCAGAAAGAAAAAAUCCGUGAGAAGUUUGUGUCCGUUUUAAAGGAGCACUUCAGUGAAAAGGGAUUGUCGUUCUCAAUCGGAGGGCAGAUCAGCUUUGACGUGUUCCCUAACGGUUGGGAUAAAACAUACUGUCUGGGUUUCUUUAAGGACGACAAGUAUUCCACCAUUCACUUCUUCGGGGACAAGACUAAGCCUGGAGGGAAUGACUACGAGAUCUACAGCGACCCUCGCACCAUUGGCCAUGAAGUCUCCAGUCCGGAGGAAACACAACGCCUUUGCCAGGAGCUUUUCCUUUCGUGAAGCAAGAAGGGGUCCACUGCAAAAAAGAGAGGCGGUUUGGGUCUAACUGCUUAUGUUGACUUAAAAAGUGUGCUAAUGAAAAUGAAAGUACUAAUUUAAAUUAAAGCUGCAAGCAGCGUUGGUCGGGUCCGCAU